AUGAACGAGCACGAAAUCAACGAACUGGAGGAAAUAAGAAACACCAUUCUGAGAAAGAAUGAAAAAGGGGGGCACUACUACACAACCGUUAUUAACACCUUUUUAUUAGUUGCCCAUUUUGUUCUGUAUGCCUCUAUUGUCUUUGUGCACUUCUCCUAUCGAAACGAUGAUUUUACGAACUGCUUCCACAAAGCCAUUUCCUCUGUCGUUAAGAAUGAGUAUGCUAGUAUCGAUGACAUAGAAGUUGCUCAGAGGGAAUUCUCCGGCAUGACUCAAGUGUGCAACUAUGGCCGAAUUCAUUUUUCGAGAUAUGAGUUGGAGGGGGGCUCCAACUACAUCCUAUCCUUUUAUAAUUCGAGUGCCAGUACAUAUGUAGACUACUCAGUUGCGUUCCACAAGUUGUUCCAUUCGACUAUAUUCAAGUCCCAAUCGAGCAUAAGUAUUAGUCACGCCUACCACUGGUACGAGUGGCUCCUGUUCCUUUUCCUUAACAUGAGCUCGUUCAUGGUGGUGUAUCGGAAGUGCAUCUCUCGGGGAAAAAAAAUGAACAUCCUGCACCUCGGCCUAGUUACCCUCAUCGACCUGAGCAUCCUCUACGAGCAAUUUAUAGACACGGUUGAGAAUUACUCUGUGCACGAAAAAGGCGUCGAUCUGAUAAUUUGCUCCUACUACCUUUUCCUCAUUUUAAUCGUCCUGAAAAAAUUGUCAAAUCACUGGAAGGUCCUUUUCAUCCCGGUGCAAAUAAUUCGGACAACUGUUGCGCACAACUACAUGCUGCUCCUCUUUCUUCUUUCCUUUCUGCUGUUGAUACUCAUAAAUUAUUUUUCGAGCGGGGAGAAGCUCAAGGCCUACUUCAGUUCCGUCUUCACCUUCCAAGACGACUCAAAAUACAAGAACGAAUUUGUAUACAACUUUUUCGUUGUUAUAAUUUACAGCUUUUUUUUUGUGCCCAUGAUUACAGUUGCUUCCACCGCGACUGCCUUUUUGCUGAUAAACAAUCAUGAGGACCUUUUCGAUUGUAAACCUCGAAGCAGUCAUCUAUGGGACAAACUAAGGGAGUACUUUUUCUUCCUGAAGGAGAAAAAUGAAACGGAAACACCCGGACGAAGAAAAGAAAUGACCUACGAAGAAUACGAAGAGAAGAAAAAUAAAAUAGACAUCCUCAAGAUUUGCAGCGUGAUUCUUUUUUUUCUUUUUUUUAUAUUUUUUGUGCUGAAAAUAUUUUUUGACCAGAAUACGAUGACCCACCUUGACGUGCAUUACUCGCACCAGUUGGGGGCGCCCUUCGUCACGAAGCAGGGAGGGGAAAAAUCGUUCGACACGCUGACGCACACGUCCGAGUACCUGCAGUUCCUCAGCGCCGUCGUGAUAAAUAACAUAAUGAGAAAUAAGAAAAACCUAGACAAUAAAAAGCUGUUUAAAUUGGAAGCGGCCUUCGAGGGACAGAACAUCUUUGUUUACGAAGACGUCUUCCACAUUUUCCCCUAUGACGUGUUGGUGAAGCUCAGCGAUGGGAAGGAAGUGUCGGACGAAAUAGCCGUGGAGAAUCCCCUACUUUCAGACGAGCCCGUCACAGACCCGCACGCACUGCGCGAAUACGAAGACACGCUUGACAACAGAAAGGAAGUCAUAAAACACUACGACGCGUAUGCCCUACUGUACAACUUUGAGCAAAACCUGUUCAUUCUAUUAAAUGCUUCCUUCAAUGUGCAGAACAAUGGCCUGUUCAGACAAACCAAAGACGUCUUCAUCCAGGAGAUGACCGAAAUUAAAAACCCGCAGUACACAACUAAACUGAUCAUUCUGAUAUUCCUCUUAAUCGUAACAGCGGGUUAUUUCCUACUGGUAAUGUACAUGCUGUACUACGUGCGGAAUCGAUUCUUCCUGUUGUUCUUCAGCUUCUUUUUUAUCAUUUGUCUGUGCUUCUUUGUAUUUAAUUUUAUGACACUGACAUCUGUGAGUCACUCGUAUGACUACGUUGAGCAUAUAAAGAACAGGAACAUUGCAGACACGUUUAAUCUAAACAAGCUGGGGAAAUUCAAGUCACUUUUGGACGACCUGUUACGGAUAAAAGUGUGCAAAUUUUACGGGAAUUUGUUUUGUCACAUUAUUCUUGUUACAAUUGUGCUGAAGUUUUAUUGCUUCUUUUUUGUUAACUAUUUUGCUUCAUUUAUCAAGUACAAGUUUCACUUCCUUUUCGUGACGGCGUCGGUGUUCAUCUUCGUCUGUUUGACGUCCCUCUUGGGCUCCUACACCUACCUGAACACCAGCAUAGGCCUGCAAAAAUGGACGAUGCUGUUUUACCACGUCCAGACGAGCGAAAAGUACUUCGCCUAUGAGUUGCUAAGUAGUUUCCUUUUCUUUUUCUUCCUCUUCUACAUCACGUCAAUAUACUUGUACAUUUUUUUAAAAAAAAAUGAAAACACAGUAACAGUUAAGCUCAAGGAAGAUCAGGAAAAUUCACUUCCCUUUGACAACCUAGUCCUUCACCAUCUAGUCCUUGACGACGAUGAUAUUUUGCUCCACUUCAAGGCCAUCCUCUACACCAUAGACAAGACCUUCGAAAAGGUGAGGAUACUAUGGGAGAGGAAUCAGGUGGGGCAAUUACUAAAUCAGCAGAUCCAGUGGUAUAAUCAGUACUGUUAUCAAAAGGCUUUGCAGGAGAAUAUGCUAAAUUGGUAUGACCCUAAUGGAUAUAUGCUUCAGGAGGGGGGUCAGUUCGUUCAGGCGUCUGAACCUGGUGGUUGGUGUGAGGGUGGGGUCGCACCCCAAGUGGGGAAUACUGCCGUGGUGAAUAAGGAAAUGGGCAGUGAUCAUGGUGGGGUCCCCCUUUCCGGUUUUACCGAACCAAUCAACCAGGGUGGUGACCCAGAAAUGAACUCCCAAGAGGUGAACAUGCAGUCGUCGCAAGGUGAACAAGGGGGAGAUCCAUCAAAUGAUGAAUCAAGUCUGCACGAUGAGGAGGAAGUCGACGUGGUGGUCACGACUUCACAAAACUACAACGAGUUCGAAAUGGUCCAGAAAACGCAGAACAUGCAUUUAUUCUUCACGAAGCUGCUGAAUGGGAAGUAUGACUUUGAUUUUUUGCAUGAUCAACCGGGGGGGAAUGCACAGGGUGGAAAGGGCCAAAAUGGCGAAACUAAAAAGCGGCUGUUGAAUUUUUUCAGAAGAGGGGUUUACGACAAGACAGCAGUCGAGAGGAAGGAUAAAAAAAAGGAACAGAAAAGAACUAAGCUGAAACACAUGCUAGCCAAUUUGGUUGACGAUUUGGCUAGUAUAGAAAAAAUAAAAAUAUUAUUCACCUAUAUCUUAUUUUUGAAAAUAAAACGACACAUCCUGAUGAGGAACAUACGCCAAGUGGAUAGAGUGACUAGCGAACUGAAGGCCGAAUACCAAAACAGAGUCCUCUACAAGAAGCACCUCAUCAAUUUGCAGCGGAAGAUGGCUGACCAGAUCGAUGAGUUGGAACAGGACAUCCUUAUACGGAACAAGCUGAAGGGCACCCUCAUCCGUGUCAUAGAAGACGGAACGUUCUACCAGAAGGAUGAGAAGGUCGAAAAGGAGAUCAACACCCCCUCGGAGUCGACACCGCAAUCUGGCCCAGGCGCUUUGGAAGAGCAGAUACCCCCAGAGAAAAAACAAAAAUAA